CAGCUGCCCUCUGGCGACCCAUGUGCUCGGACCGAAACAGCAUAGAGGAUUCUGCCUUUCUCCCUAGAUUAGAAAACAGUGGAACGGGCGAGAUUUAAAUCUGUUGGUAUUCUUAUUCGCCAACCCAGGUUGAGAGAUCGCAGUGAGUUGGAUUUCGUUGAGCGUUGCGCACGUCUGCCGAAACACUUGGCGCCUCUAGGAAGUGAAGUGAUGUCUACCACUGCAUUGUCUUUUAUUGCAAUAUGUUUGUUUUGUUUCGUUAUUUUUCCUUUAGCGCUUUCCCAAGUGGCGGCUCACGAUUGCCAACGUGACUGCGAUGAUGGUCCAACCCGGCGUUGCGAUUACCACUUUCACAUCGAGUAUUAUUACACGAUGAGCAAAGCGUGCUAUGAUUGUCCUUACAAACUAGAGGACUGUGAACGACACCAUUGCAUCGCCGCUGACGGAGUUGAACGUGGCGUCGUGUCUAUUAACCGCCAGAUACCUGGCCCUUCUAUUCAGGUUUGCCAAGGGGACGAAAUUGUCGUUGACGUCACGAACCAUUUGCGUGGAGAAGGAAGCGCUAUACACUGGCACGGUAUGCACAUGAAGGGAUCGCCUUACAUGGAUGGAGUUCCGCUCAUUACCCAAUGUCCAAUCUCUCCGGCUUCAACUUUCCAGUACCGUUUCGUGGCUGACAAUUCCGGAACGCAUUACUACCACUCCCAUUCUGGUUUCCAACGAGCAGACGGCGCUUUCGGUUCGUUGAUCGUUCGCCAAAGCCGUUUGAAAGAUCCGCUCUCAUCGCUGUACGACUAUGACCUUCCGGAGCAUGUGAUUCUUGUGUCUGACUGGCUCUCUGAGUUUGGACUGGCUAAAUUUGUAGCCCACACACAUGGUGGCAAAGAUGAUAUUCCAUCGAGCAUUAUCAUCAAUGGUAAAGGAAGAGUAUCCAAACCAAAGGAUCAGCUUGAACUGAAAGAGAUGAUGCCGCUUGCGAUUUUUAACGUCGAAAAGGGUAUGCGUUAUCGCUUUAGAACAAUUAGUAACGGAAUACUUGAUUGUCCUAUUACAAUGUCAAUUGAUAAUCACACUCUACUUAUUAUUGCCAGCGAUGGAAAUCCAAUUCAACCUGUUGAAGUGGAUUCGUUAGUAAUGACUUCCGGUGAACGAUUUGACUUUGUGCUGAAAGCUGAUCAAGUAGCAUCGUCUUUCUGGAUCAGAUUCAGAGGCAACAUGGACUGGAAUUCGAAACACAUUUUUCAGACUGCCAUUCUUCGCUAUGAAAACUCGCCGGAAGUCGAACCGGAUGGAAUUGUUACAUACGAGACUACUAACCGAAAUGGCACGGUUUUGAAUCCAAUAAAUUAUGCACCUGGCGACGAGCGGCAUCUUACUGUUGCCGAACUAACAGCUUUAACAGUAGAAAACGAAACCGAAUGGACACGGGAACCUGAUCGCAAAUUUUUUCUUGCAUACGAUUUCAACGCAGUCGAUAACUGGCUCUAUCACGAUCCGGAACAUUAUCCCAUAUUCGGAGUCGAAAAUCGGCAUAGGUUUUUUACUCCGCAGAUCAACCACAUUAGUUUGCGAAUGCCCUCGUCACCUCCGCUGAGCCAAUCGUAUGCCCUAACGCCGGAUUCGUUUUGCAACGAAUCGACCGUGACAAACUGCAAAGAGAAACACUGUGCUUGUUCCUACACUCUGCAUGUUCCUCUAGGUUCACUCGUUGAAGUGAUUCUAAUCGAUGAAGGUGUGACUUUUGAUGCAACUCAUCCUUUUCAUCUCCAUGGUUCAUCCUUCCGGGUAGUAGCAAUGAGGCGUGUUGCCAGCCAAGUGUCAGUUAAUGAGAUACGAGCCAUGGAUGAAAACGGCCUUAUCCAACGAAAUUUGAUCGAUGCUCCGAUCAAAGAUACAGUUGCUGUUCCUGAUGGUGGAUACACAGUCAUCCGUUUUAUGGCAACUAAUCCAGGUUACUGGCUUUUACAUUGUCACCUGGAAUUUCAUAGUGAAGUGGGAAUGGGCGUGGUUUUCAAAAUCGGAAACGACAACCAUCUACCACCGGUACCAGAUAAUUUUCCUACUUGUGGUAACUGGUUCCCAUCUCAAAGUAGCACAAUCAACGAGAACUUCGAUUCAACGAUUUCUAAAGACCCUGACGUAAGUUCGGCGUUAGAUAUCAACGGACCACUCAUUGACGAGAACGAACUUCUCGCGUUGGCCCUCGACGCCUCGCCUUUUGCGCAUUUCAACGAAGAUCAAAAUGGAAAGGAUAAAGUGCCACAAGUGCCAUCGUUAGCAUUGAAAGCGUCUUCGCGUCAUUUUUCACUAGCAUUGUACAUUAUCAUUACUUACUGUCUUUCCAACUUGUGCCUUUGCUUAUAACAACACAGCAUCCAGCUGCGAACAGAGCCAUUGUUCAGGAAGGCUGAAUCGUUAUCCGACAUGCAACGUCUAUGUGAAUUGAUUUCAC